CUUGAUUCUAGCAGCAUCAUGGCUUCGACAACGAACUCAACACAUGACUCAUGAUCCCAAGUCGAGAUCACCAUCUCUAAUACAAACAGCAACUCUUUUGUCUUUGCUGCCAACAUGAUGAGCGCCUCUUGCGCCUAAAAAAAAGUCAUGGCCACGCAUAUUCGAGCUCUCCGGGAGCCAUGGCGCAAAAUUACCCAAGCUCGGCCGAGUCGGCGACAGCUGCUGCUCCCGCCAUCAGAGGCUUUUAGUUGUCGACGCUUCUCUAUCGCGCACCCUCUGAGGCUUGCAGAAUCGCGUAGCGUGGCAGAGCUGCCGGAGCGCACGCAUCCGCGAUACCUCCAGAUCUCCAAGCCGGGCUCGUCGCUGCUGUCGCUCAACUGGCCGCGGCCGCCCCGCAACCUGCUGCUGGUGCAGAAGCUCUACUCGCCCGAGGUCACCGAGUCUGUGGUUUCGUUUGCCAGGCACAUCCGAAGCGACUACCCCGAAGUCAACAUCGUCAUCGAGGCCCGUGUCGCCGUGCCGAUCCAGCAGCAGCUCGACUUUCCCAUCUUUGUCGUCGACAACGGCACAAGCAUCGCCGACAAGAUCGACGCCAUUGCGACCUUUGGCGGCGACGGCACGGUUUUGCGCGCCGCCAGCUUGUUCAAGCUACAUGGGUCUGUGCCUCCCAUCCUGUCCUUCAGCAUGGGGACCUUGGGCUUUCUGGGGGAAUGGAACUUUGCAGAGCAUAAGAAGGCCUGGAGGGAGAUGUACAUGAGCGGCAGCGACGUCAGCGCGGGGCGUAAUGCUGCCGUGCCGCGAGGGACCGACGAUGGCUUGGGCACAAGUGCGGCGGCUGGCGAGGGAUGGGAGCGAGUCAAGGGCAAGAGUCAAGGAAUCAACAGAGCAUCUCGAGUUUUGCUGCGGCACCGCAUCAAGGCGGACAUCUUUGAUAGGGCGGGCAAUAACAUCAACCACGAAGUCUCCAACACGUUGGCCAGCCAGCCCAAGUCGGGCAUCGCCCGUCCAAAGGAGAUUUCGCCUCCUCUGCGCGCCAUCAACGAGAUCUCAGUCCACCGAGGCUCUCACCCGCACCUUGCCAUCAUUGAUAUCUACCAGAAUGGCCACUUUCUCACAGAAACAACGGCGGACGGUAUCCUCAUCAGCACGCCAACCGGCUCAACUGCGUAUAGUUUAAGCGCCGGAGGUCCGAUUGUGCAUCCUCUGGUAAAGUCGCUGCUCAUCACGCCAAUCAGCCCCUGCAGCCUUAGUUUCCGAUCGCUUGUGCUUCCUCUGGAUACAAAGGUUACGCUGCGGAUGAGCCCAAAGAACAGAGGCCGCGAGCUAGAUCUUAGCAUUGAUGGCAGACGGUGUGCUGGGGUCUUGCCUGGCUCGGAGAUUCACGUCGAGGGCGAGUUUGUAGGGCGAGCCGGCCCUGGAGAGGAAUGGCAUGGAGGAGUGCCAUGCGUGAUACGCACCGAGGAUGAUGAUCCUUGGGUUGGUGGACUCAAUGGACUCCUUAAGUUCAAUCACCCCUUUGGCAGAGAACCUCCCAACGAGGACUUUUCUGACUAGUGGUACAGGCCCAGAGCCUCGUGAAUACCCUAGGUAGCUACCUAUCUAUAUUGGACACGUCCCUAACCACGAAAUGAUACCCCCGUUCUACAGUCGACCGUAAUGGUGCAUCCCGCCGAGAAGAAAAGGCAACGAGGUGUGCAAGCAUGGCUGGCUGCGCAGCUCGUAGAGAUGAGCCCAUGAAUCGUAACUGACGAUUUCAGCUCAGGGCCGUCAAGGCAUAAACAGGGGAAGAGCUGCAGAUUGACAGCUGAGCAUCGACAGGACAGGUUAGCUGCUGUUAAGAAAAAUAAAAAUAAAGCACAGUAAAAUACGAUAAAUACUGC